CGAUGAACUGGCGACUCUCACGUAAGACUUGGGGGAACGCCAUGCAUGCAUGGGAUGCAGGUCGCUGUUAGUGCGUGUCGCUUCCACAAGCCUUUACGACCAACUCAUUUUGGACAAUGGGGUAACCCAAACAGGGAUUUUGUGCAGAUGGGAAGGUGAAGCUGAAUUUUGGACUGCAGUCACAGGAAUCGCAGGCUCACUGCUGAUCAUUCUGAACGGAUGUCAUGGCUUGGCCAGACCUGGAGAAUCAUUCUAGGUGAUUGAGGUAUCACGUUGAACGAUUGGUCACAUAUAUGCACACAACCUAGGAGAGGAAAAUGAGUACGUGGAACAGACCCAU